AAUCCGUCCGGCUGAGCGCAGGCCGGAAGUAGCGCCGCGAGCGGGGCAGACGCCGUCAUCAACACGGUCACGUUUGUUUAUUUUGAUGUGUCCCGUCUGAUCCGGAUCGCCGGGGUCUCCGAAGCCGGGAGAAACGCGGUCGAUCUGCCGCCCAAGCAGCAGCCUCGGGUCGACGGUGUGACACUUCGGGAGCAUGGCCGACGGCGCAGAGGCGCAGGCUGAUGUUGACGAGCCGCCCAGCAUCAGUCUCCCGCCGCUCAUCACCGUCUCCGAUCUGCCCGGUGCGACCGCUGCAGGCCGUAACCUGAAGGAAUGGCUUCAGGAGCAGUUCUGCGACAAACCUCUGGAGCAGGAUGACAUGCGGCUCCACAAUGCAGCCUACGUGGGAGACCUGGACACCCUGAGGAACCUGCUGCAGGAAGACGGCUUCAGACGGCGUAUCAAUGAAAAGUCGGUGUGGUGCUGUGGCUGUCUGCCCUGCACCCCUCUGCGGAUCGCAGCCACAGCUGGACAUGCCGCCUGCGUGGCCUAUCUGAUUGCCCAGGGAGCCGAGGUGGACCUAGUUGAUGUCAAAGGCCAAACAGCCCUCUACGUAGCUGUGGUCAAUGGUCACCUGGACUGUGUCCGGAUCCUCCUUGAAGCCGGAGCAGAUCCCAACGGAAGCCGACACCACCGCAGCACCCCCCUGUACCACGCAGCACGGGUGGGAAGGCUGGACAUACUGCAGGAGCUCAUCAGGUUCAAUGCUGAUGUAGACAUGGACCACCAGCUGGGUCCCCGGCUCCUCCUAAGUGCCCGCACCCUCAACACCUUGGUGGUGUGUCCUCUCUACAUCAGCGCUGCCUACCAUCACCUCCACUGUUUCCAGCUGCUGCUCCAGGCCGGCGCGCAGCCUGACUUCAACUACACUGGGCCUGUCUGCCACGAGGCUCUGACCCGCGGCCUGGCUUCCUGCCUGCUGGAUGCGGUGCUGCGUCACGGAUGUGAGGUGGCCUUCAUCCACCUGCUGCUGGACCACGGGGCCAACCCGGCUCUUGUGCCCUGGGAUGAGUCAGAGCUGGAGGCUCCUAACCGAAGGAAGGUAGAUCCUGAGGCACUCAGGGUCUUCCUGGAGGCGAGGAGAUGCCCUCGUCGGCUGACACACUUGUGUCGCAUCGGGAUCCGCAGAGCGAUGGGCAAAAAUCGUCUAAACCACAUACCCUCAUUACCUCUACCGGAACCCAUCAAGAACUUCCUGCUUCACCAAAACUGACAGACCAUCCACCUUCUCAUCUUCUGCAGAGCUCAUCCAACACACCUCAGUCAGUCUCAAAAAGAAAGCCACAGGAUAGAGCAUUUUGUGAACCAAAUAUGCUAAUUGCCUAUUAUUUUCUAAUAAUAAACAGUUAUUGAUCA